CGUGAUCUUGACUACUUGCUAUUCAAACGACGACGAUUUCGUUCUGCGAAAGCCUGUUAUCCUUGCAGGCGUCGCAAAGUGAAAUGUGAUCUCAGUCAGCCCUGUGAUAGUUGCAAUGUUCGUGGACACGCCGAUCUUUGUGAGUAUCCACAGAGUCGCAUCGGUCCUGAGCCAGCCGAAGAUAGGACAAAACACGGUCACCAAGGACACCCUUUCCAUGCCUCUCAGGCAGAAACAGCAAAUACAAAUUCGGUUCGCGGUCUCUAUGUGGAUGCGGUAGAGCCAUAUGAAUCGAAAGUCCAUCUCGGCUCAAGUUCGCUUCCAAAGCUUUUGACUAAAUAUCAGAAUCUAAACCAAAGUAAACGUCAUGAUGGGCCUCAAGCGGCGUCCUUUGUACCUGGUGCGCACCCGCAGGCGAUUUUUGAAAUUUUGUGUUUGCAAGACUCGAGUCCCAAUUUUCCUUUCACAAAUCUCUGGAAACCGGAUGAUGGCCCGGAGAAGAUAUACCUCGCUUUACCUGAUGACGACGAUAUUUAUUCGCUCGUUCUAACAGCAAGCGAUAGCCUAGUUCGGUUUUGUCAAGGAUCGUUAUUUCGCAUUCUCCCAUCCGUAGUGAAUUUUCCGGAAUUUGAGGCUACGCUCGCUCAUUUUCUCGAAACCAGAGCGAAUUCGACGGGGAACGCUUCGGCAAUGUUUUCGCCCAAUACCAGCCCUGCAUGGUUUGGCCUCCUCUUCGCUAUUCUCGCCUGUGGCGGACAGCUUGCUUAUGAAGCGGAUACUGAGAUACUAAAAGCUCGUGUGUUUGGUAUGCAUCAAUCCUGCCGCCUCGACGCCAACUUUUACAAUAAAGGAGGAUCCUAA